AUGAAACUGUUAUUGCUGGUAGCGCUGGUGGGAGCGGUGGUGGCCGAGGAGCCGAUCGGUCUGUACUACCACGAGAACGUGGGCAUCCCUCUGGCGGCCGCCAUCAAGAGGAGCGAGGAGGCCGGCGACUUCGACGGCUCCAGGAUCGUCGGGGGCUCCCCCGCCGCCCUCGGAGACCACCCCCAUCUGGGUGGACUGCUGGUAACGCUGCAAUCUGGUGCCACCUCGGUGUGCGGCUCCUCGCUGCUGUCCAACACGCGCGCUCUGACCGCCGCCCACUGUUGGUUCGACGGCCGCCAGAACGCGCGCCAGCUGACCGUGGUGCUGGGCUCCCUGCAGCUGUUCUCUGGCGGUACCCGCGUCACCAGCUCCUCGGUGACCAUACACGCCAACUACAAUAGCAACAACCUCAACAAUGACAUCGCCAUCAUCAACCUCAGCUGGGUCACCUACACCAACAACAUCCAGCCCGUGUACCUGCCGACCACGUUGGCCAACAACAACUUCGCCGGCAGCUGGGCGUGGGCCGCCGGCUUCGGACGCACAUCCGACAACACCGGUAUCGGCAUGAAUCAGUUCGUGAGUCAUGCACAGCUGCAGGUGAUCACCAACGCGGUGUGCGCUGCCACCUACGGCACCAACGUCGUCGUCAGUUCCACUCUGUGUGUGAGCGGCAUCAACGGACAGAGCACGUGCAACGGGGACUCCGGCGGUCCUCUGUGGCUCUGGAACGGAAGCCAGCGUACCCUGAUCGGUGUGGUGUCAUUCGUGUCCGCCUCCGGCUGCCAGCGUUACUUCCCCGCCGGCUUCGCCCGCGUCACCUCGUUCCUCCCCUGGAUCCAGGGACGUAUGCAUGGACAGUUCCACUACGGAAGCUGUUUUAUGAAUUUAGAAUCCUAUAAAGACAUAACUCAGUCUCAGAAAGAUGAUGGAGCUCACUGCCUACUAAAUAAUCGAUCGCAUCAUAUAACGUUGUUACUUCCCUGCCUGAAGAUGAAACUGUUAUUGCUGGUAGCGCUGGUGGGAGCGGUGGUGGCCGAGGAGCCGAUCGGUCUGUACUACCACGAGAACGUGGGCAUCCCUCUGGCGGCCGCCAUCAAGAGGAGCGAGGAGGCCGGCGACUUCGACGGCUCCAGGAUCGUCGGGGGCUCCCCCGCCGCCCUCGGAGACCACCCUCAUCUGGGUGGCCUGCUGAUCACUCUCCAAUCCGGUGGCACCUCUGUGUGCGGCUCCUCGCUGCUGUCCAACACGCGCGCCGUGACCGCCGCCCACUGCUGGUUCGACGGCCGCCAGAACGCGCGCCAGCUGACCGUGGUGCUGGGCUCCCUGCUGCUGUUCUCCGGCGGCACCCGCAUCACCAGCUCCUCAGUGGCCGUGCACGCCAACUACAACACCAACAACCUCAACAAUGACAUCGCCAUCAUCAACCUCAACUGGGUCGCCUACACCAACAACAUCCAGCCCGUGAACCUGCCCACCACUUUGGCCAACAACAACUUCGCCGGCAGCUGGGCGUGGGCCGCCGGCUUCGGACGCACAUCCGACAACACCGGUAUCGGCAACAACCAGUUCCUGAGCCACGUGCAGCUGCAGGUGAUCACCAACGCAGUUUGCGCCUCCACCUACGGCACCAGCGUCGUCGUCAGCUCCACUCUGUGUGUGAGCGGCGCCAACGGACAGAGCACAUGCGGCGGAGACUCCGGCGGUCCUCUGUGGCUCUGGAACGGAAGCCAGCGCACCCUGAUCGGUGUGGUGUCUUUCGGUUCCGCCUCCGGCUGCCAGCGUGGCUUCCCCGCCGGCUUCGCCCGCGUCACCUCCUUCCUCUCCUGGAUCCAGGCUAGAUUGUAA